UUGGUCGGCCGUGGUUGUCUGCGCCUAGGCGGGAGCUCCUGGAAGCCGAGGCUGCGGGUGGGGGCCUGGUGGACUGGAGGGGUAACAAGAUGGCGUCGGAGACGGUGGAGCUCCAUAAGCUGAAGCUUGCUGAACUAAAGCAGGAAUGUCUUGCUCGUGGUUUGGAGACCAAGGGAAUAAAACAAGAUCUCAUCAACAGGCUCCAGGCAUAUCUUGAAGAGCAUGCUGAAGAGGAGGCAAAUGAAGAAGAUGUACUGGGAGAUGAAACAGAGGAAGAAGAACCAAAGCCCAUAGAACUGCCUAUCAAAGAGGAAGAACCCCCUGAGAAAACUGUUGAUAUGACAACAGAGAAGAAAGUGGUAAAAAUUACAUCUGAGAUACCACAGACUGAGAGAAUGCAGAAGAGAGCUGAGCGAUUCAAUGUACCUGUGAGCUUAGAGAGUAAAAAAGCUGCUCGGGCAGCAAGAUUUGGGAUUUCUUCAGUUCCAUCAAAAGGCCUGUCUUCUGAUGCCAAGCCUAUGGUUAACCUUGAUAAACUAAAGGAAAGAGCUCAAAGAUUUGGUUUGAAUGUCUCUUCAAUCUCCAGAAAGUCUGAAGAUGAUGAGAAACUGAAAAAGAGGAAGGAGCGAUUUGGGAUUGUCACAAGUUCGGCUGGAACAGGAACCACAGAGGAUACAGAGGCAAAGAAGAGGAAAAGGGCAGAGCGCUUUGGGAUUGCCUGAUGAAAAGCUCUUAAUGCUUUCUGUUCUCCAGUGGUUUCCAUCUCUCUGACUUUUCUUGGUCAUAUAUAUAAAUGCACAGUCAUGUGCCUAGGUCCUGCCUCACAGUGAGAGAGCAUGUACCCCGGGUACAUCCAGGAACUUCAGCAGCAAUUUGACUCAUUGCUGUUCCAACUUUAAGGUUGUUGUUCUUGUGUUGUUUUUUAAUUAUUAUUUUGCUUGUUAAUAAAAAACAAAUAGAAAAGAAAACAAUGCGUUUUAUCAGAUGCUCCUUUGAGUUCUUGGGGCCAGAUUAGACUAGAUAAGGGGGAGCUUCAGGGGCAAAUAUUACAGGAAAUUAGCCAUAAGGCCUUUAUCCUUUACAAAAGAGAAUAAGGAAAAGGAUUUGAGUCUGUCCCUUUAAGCCUAUUUAUUCCCUUCUCUCAUACUCACAAGCAUCCUUUUAUUCUUUAUCCUCUAUGAAGAGGCCAAGUUUCGCCCUGACUCUUUGCUUUGGCAGGUUGGCGUGACCCAUAGGAGUAGAACAUGGGGGAACCCUGAGUUUUAGGAGGUGCAAAGGAUAUAAAUACAAGGGCUGAUGAUUGGUAGUCUGUUAGGGAAUGGAGUUCCGUGUCCCCUAUUAAGGAGACCAGCAGGACCCUGUUUUCAAGAGUGACAUGGUAUGAUACUAUCUGGUUUCAGUCAGAGCCAAUAUGUGGAACCCUACUGGUUAUGCAGUUCAGGAAAGGAGAUGGGUCAGUUACCCCUCAGAGCUAGAAGAAAGUGUAGGGAUUCAAAGCAAGACAGAAGAUGGUCAGAGGUGUUAAGAAUUGUUAUCUAGGUCAUUAGGAAGCAGUGGACUGGAGGCCUCUACUUUUUUUUUUUUUUUUAAGUUUGUUUGUUUAUGUAUGUAUGUAUGUAAUCUCUACACCCAGCUUGGGGCUCAGUGAACUCAAGAUAGAUCUGGAGAUCAAAAGCAUGCUCUUCCAGCCAGGCCCCCCUGGAAGCUUCUACAUUCUAUCUAAUCAAAUCCUGUGCUAAUUUGUUGUCUUCAGAAGUAUACAGUUUUGGUGGUUGUGUUUCUUAGAUAUUACUAAAACUCCUUUUCCUUGCUAAGCCUCUUAGGUUUGGCUCUAAGCAGGCUACUUGUUUGUAUUUGAUGUUUCACCUAGAUUUGAGACAUCCUACUUAAUCUUUUUUGGAUAUGUUGGUAUAGGGUUUCUCCUCUUACUCUUUAUUUCUAGACAUCUCUGUAAGGUUAGUUUUUGGUUUUUUUGUUUUGUUUUUUAGAAUAAAACUUAAAUGCCUGGCACCUUACGUGAAGACUUUCAUACCUUGAUCAGAUCCUGUGUUGCUGUGGUGUAAUUCCUUAUUUCAGUUUCUACUAAAACUCUCCUGGUUUUGUGGUUAAUAGAAAAGUAAUGGUUUGAAUUCCUUCCUAACAAGAAUCUCCUUCCACAAUGCCUCUUUGGUAGCUGAGUAGGAUGGGGACCUAAGUUUAGAUGCUUUAAAAAAACUAUGCCUUGGAGAGCAGAUCCAAAGAUUGCCUAUUUAUUGUGAAAAUUGCCCCAAUUUGAGACUUUGGAGAGGUGAACAAAAGGGAACACUGGUUAAACUUUUCCUUCCCUCUCUUCCUUCUGGCCUGUUCUGUUUGCCUUCCUUUUCUUUUCUCCAGGCCCUGAUCUUGAGGCUAACUUUUCCUCUCUUUACUGUGUCUCUUACUUUAUUUGAAAACAGAACCACAGAAAAUUAGUUGUUUUGUAGCUUGAGAGAGACUAUAGAUUCAGUAAGGGUUUUCUACCCAAGGAUGGGAAAAGUAAGAAAUAGGUAUAGGAAUAGAGCACUGGGUCCUUCAGAAGUUUUCUUCACUUUGUCUCUUCAUCAUCAUCUUUGUUAAAAAAAAUUUUUAACGUUUGUUUUUGGGAGAGAGAAAGACAGUGUGAGCAGGGUAGUGGCAGAGAGAGGAGGAGACACAAUCUGAAGCAGACUCCAGGCUCUGAGCUGUCAGUGCAGAGCCCAAUGUGGGCCUUGAACUCAAGAACAGUGAGAUCAUGUGACCUGAGCCGAAGUGGGACGCUUACCUGACUGCACCUCCCAGGUGCCCCUAAAUGGAUUUUUUAAUAACCUUUUUCAUCCAAUUCCAGCAGCUGUUCUUAUGUUGAUCAGAAGUCGUUCAUCUCCAAACCUGAUCACCAAAUCCUCCUCUUCCUGUCUCAUUGUAGUCAUUCCUUGCAUACUUUUUGAGUGUAUGAAAAUUCAGGAUGCCUGCCUUUUUUAAUAAUUCAAAUCUUAACAUAGUAAGUCCCUUUAAAAGCAUCCAGGCUUGGAAUUCAUUAUCUAAGAUCCAAGUACCUUUCCUUUCUAUUCCCCACUCGCCCUAGUGUAGCUGAUCUAGGAUCCAGAUAUAGUUAGCUGACUCCAGUCCUCUUUUCCCUGUCCUGAAGCUGUGACAUUCUCUGCAUACCUGGAAGCUCUUAAUGAGAGAGUCUAUAAAAGAUGUGGAGGGAACUACCUUUCUCAGCUAUAAAUCUGUGCCUUUUUAUGGUUCUCUGAGAACCAUGGGAUCGUUCUUUUUCUCCACCAUCACCCCAAACUGCCCUUCCCCCUACUCCAACUCCUGGGAACUUCUGAAGAUAGAAGGCUAGAAGUUUCUGUAGUGGUGAGAGCUAUAGGAAGGAAGACAUGAAUAAGAGCAGGACUUCUUGGGUUUGAGUCGUAUUGCCAUGUCUGACAUGAGAAACAGAUGAGGGGGAAGAAAGGAACUUAAUAUAAGGGAGAAUAACUUUUUCUCUGUUCUCUUCCAUGUGGGCCUCUCACAGGUAAUGUCUUCCCUCUGAUUCUUGAAAUCCACUAAAAUCUAACCUCCCCCUCUUGCUACAUGUCCACAUUCUUGUUUUUUACUUUCAAAGGGAUUGAAAAAUAAUGGCAGGUUUCAUACCUUUGUGUACCCUUUGUGCCCAGGGUGAUCCCAGCUUUCUCUUUAGAAAUAAAGAAAAAAUUUUCUUGUCCUUUUCUUUCCCUGCCUUUAGUUUUUCUGCCUCUCAGAUUACUAUUACUAGAACAGAUUAGAGUGGAAUAUUGUGUAGCAACUACUUAGAUGUAAUUCCUUAUUCCUCCAUACUAAUUCUACUGGCUCAGACUGGGCAAAUCAUUCCAUGACUUUCCAGACUACCCAGUAGCGACCCUAUGAAAAUUGAUAAUAGAUUAUGUACUCAGCACAAUUUGUUUACCAUAGUUUGCAUAGUAAUCAUUCAGUAAACUCUUAAUUUUACUAGGUGACUUACAGUGGAAAUAUUUCUUUUCCCUGAGUAGGUUCCAGCCAGAGGGUAGGGAGGGAGCUGAGUAGAUUCAUUUGACUGUGUUUGUGAGUGUAUGUGCUCAAGCGCUGCAUAUGCAGAUGCAUGUAGGGAUUCUGAGGGUGGGAAGAGGUGGGAGUCCCAAUUGCUCCCAUACUCCAGCUCAGGGGCAGGAAAGCUGACCUUGUGGCCUGGGGCAUUGACUUCCCUGCCUCUGCCUCACUAAGGAUCAGAAGCUAUAAAUGCCACUGCUUGCUGGUUCUUAGCUUGGGGCCCUGGCAUCCUAAAAGUGGGCCAAGGAAGAGACUAGGAUAGCUACUCAUGCAUGGGGUGGGGGGUUGUUUGGGGAUAAAAGUCAUCCGGCAAUCUCUUCUAGGUGUCCUUUCAACAUAGGAAAUGAGUGAUGAGAGAGAAAACCUAUUUUUAGCUCAAGCCAAAAUCUAGGAGUAGGUGUGGAUAAAGCAGUUCCUUGGGAAAAUACAAUAUGUAGCACUUUCAUCCUCUUUCAACCUUAUUGUUGUAGUUGGUCUGAGGUGGGGUCAGUCUACUGACAGAACUGAUAGGACAGGGAAAACAUGGUGGCACACUGAACCCACUGUUAACAGUUACAGUGGCCCCUAUUACAGAUCAGGUUGAUGUGAUAGGAGCUUUCCUUUGUUUUUUGUUGUUGUUUGCUUGCUUUUUAAAUGUGAAUUAGGCAAUAUUCUUUUGUUCUAGGUACAUGGGAGACAUUUUUAUGGCUGAAUCAGAGAAAGACUAUUUAAGAUGCUGAAUCAUCUUGGUACAUUUACAAGUUGAAGGCUAUGUUGGUUUGGUUUGUGGAUUUUGAUGAAACUGUUGAGGAAACCUAGGAUCAGGGAACUGUAGGAGAAUGGGACAGAUAUUAGCUGGAUCAUCUUAAGAGAACCUACAGAUCUUCUGUUAGUGUGAGCCUAGAAGAGGGUUUUGGUAGUCUUUGGGACUGUUUUGGAUCAAGUUAUCCAGAGAGGAGUUGUUGCAGGUCCCCUCCCUUUCCCAUUCUCUGCCCAUCCUCCCUCGGACUAUAUAUGUCCCCACCCUCAUCCCAAAUACCCCUAAUGUUUUUUUUGCUCCAAAAACCACCACCACCCCCAACCCCCAUCUUCUUUGAGCACAAGGUUUCAUCCUGUCAGAGCCUCUUUUGUUCCUGGUCUCCGAUGAAUAAAUGUGGCGCUUGAUUAGGGAGAAGAGUUCAUCACUGAAUUCUAAACUCUUUGACUGCUUUUAUUUAUUAAUUUUUUUUCAGGUUCAAGUGCUGGAUUGUGUCAUGUGACCAUCCCAAAACUCAGAGCACCCUAUGGCCAUCCUUGCCCUCUGUCACAUAACUUGAAAACUGCCAGAUGGCCUUUUUGCAAUGGUUCCCUCCAGGAAGCCUUGAUCUCAGUGAAGAAGUCCUUUCCCGGCAUUCCAGUGCCCCUGUCAUCCCCAUACUCCUCAGUCACCCUUAACAAACAAAGGCAAUCACACACAUGGUGUAACAAAUACACAAAGUAAAUAAUAAUUACACUACUUAUGAUCAGAGGGGCACUGGCCAGGUCCACACACAACAUAAAGUGGGAGAGGGGGUGCUAGUUCCCACUAGGUUGCUGGACUGUGCCUCCAAGCCUCUUUAACCCCAUGCCUCUUUGGGGGUGAGGGGGACCAAGGAAAUGAGAUUUCAACUCUUAGAUUUAUGUUCAAAAGAAAAAGACCCUCCCCCAACAAAGGUAAUUAUUUGGAGGUGUUAAAGGGGCAUAGUCUAAGUGUCCCCCAAGUCUAAUGCUUCAGCUCUCUAGAAUUUGUAGAGGGAAGUCACCUGAUGUCUAUUGCCCAACCCCCACCCUGUGCCAAGAUCAGGAGACCGGAGCAUUUGAUCUUGGAGGAGGCAUCUUCUGUUCUUCACUUCUCUGUUCCUCUCCUUCAACCAAGGAAAUGUGAAUGGUGUUGUCAGGUGUAUCUUGUUCUCCAAGAUUGGGGUAGAAGGAAGGAUGAAGAACAGGGCCAGAGAGGAGAGGCUGGGGGUUAGCAUAGCUGUUAUAUGGGAGGCGAGUUGAAAUACUUAACAGCCCUUGCCCAUUCCUGUACCAAAACACCUCAUCUCAUUUUUUCACUAUGGGAAUGGGAAGAAGAUACUAAAGCUCACCAACAUCACCUUCCCAAGAGUGGUCACAUACCUUUGCCCCUUCUACCUGGGCCAGUCAGGAGAGUCAUACUCGGGAAGAACAGGCCUUCCAGGUCAUCUCUCCAGGCCGGGCUUUAGUCCGGUAUUGUUUGCAUCAGACCCAUAACUGCUGGCUCUACUUAGAGUGACAGUUUUGCUGAAGGUUCUUUAUCUCCUCUCCUGACAUCCUCUAGGCUCUUGCCUGGAGCCAAGAGGUCUGUGGUGAGGUAUGGAUAGGGUGUGGAUCAGGAGAAUCUCAACUCCUUGGCUUCAGGCACACUGUCCAGCUGGGAGGCAGAGGGGAACUUGUACUCUGAAGCCUGUGACUCCUCUAAGCCUCACAUCUCUUCACCACUACUCUGGUGCCCUGGUUAUCUGUCCCACAGCGAGAGGUAUUUUAUGUCCAUAAAGUGCCCGUGGUAAGUGCUCAGAAUUCAUCUCUUGGCUGUGGCGGGUGCUGCUAUUUCUCAUUCCAUCGAGGGGAAGAAACUGAGGCACAGUGAGUCCAGAGGAUGGUGGGUCAGGAUUAUGGGAGGAAUGAAUAGGCCCAGCUAGUGACUUGGAGUGGCAACAAGUCCCUGCCUGUUUCCUAGCCUUCCAAACCAGGGAGUCUCCAUCCUUCUAAUCCUCUGCUCUAACUGGCCUUGUCAGAUGCUUUUUCCUUCCCCAUUGUAUUGUCCCCUCCCUGCUGCCAGGUACUGCUAGAUUCCAAAAAUAAAAGAUAAAAAUAAUUAUA